CUUUGCUAACACGUCCCAGAACACCUCAAUAGCAAUAAUGACUCUUCCUACUGCGCGCUCGGAUGAUCCAUACUUCGAGGCUCCCAAGGGAAGUAUCGGUAUCCACAGUUUACCCCCAUUGGAUCCUGUUCUAUACCGCCCCACAUCUCAAGCGCGUGCGUUCUUGAAGGAGCAGCUGGGGUUGCAAGAUGACGAAGCCUUGAAACAACACAUUAUGGUGGUACAGAAGAAGGCUUACAGCAUCGCGCCUUACCCCUGCAUCCGGACCUUCACUUUCACUGAGAUCGAUAUCAUUGCCAAUCCAGCGUACAAGGAGCUCUUGAAGAUCGGUCGUGAACGCAAGGAUGCUAUCUUUCUCGAAAUGGGAAGCUGCUUCGGCCAGGAGGCAAGAAAAGCGGUCGCAGACGGAUUUCCUGCCGCACAAGUGGUCCUCUCGGACAUCAAAGGCGAACAAUUACCAGAGCUCAUGGAGAUGGGGCACGAAUUAUUCAAGACUAGCGCAGCCACGUUCCCAGCUCAUAUUGUCUCCGGUGAUGCGCUCGACCCGAACAUGCUCGAGGUUAAUACCCCUAUCUACGACGUUCCUGACAUGCCCUAUCCCGACCUCAGCGCGCUCGGCUCUCUGAACCCUCUGAGGGGCCAUGUAUCGGCGAUCUACGCUUCGAAAUUCUUCCAUCUUUUCGACGAGGCGAAGCAGACCCAUCUCGCCCGCGCUCUGGGUGGCCUCCUCUCUCCCGAGCCUGGCUCGGUAAUCUUUGGUGCACACAUUAGUGCCAAGGAGAAAGGACCCAGAGCGAUCACUAUGCUGAAUACCACCGUUAGCGUGUUUUGUCAUUCCCCUGAGAGCUGGACUGAGUUGUGGGAUGGGAAUGUGUACAAGAAGGGCACAGUCAGGGUUGAUGCUAGUAUUCAGUGGUUCGAGACGAUGGAUGGCUCUGUCGAGAGUUUGAAGUGGGCCGUUACGAGACUUUGAUACAUACAGUUCACUUGCGGUGUAGGUUUAUCAUGGAGAAUCGAUUACGCCACGAAUUGUGCUGGGACCAUUAUAUCCUGAAGCAGACACACAGGGC